AUGGAUUGUGGCUCUGGAGGUAUCUCUGCCCCCUGCCUGAGCUCACGCACCCACCACGGCUGCUGCUGGUUCUUUGCAGGUCUCCCGUCUCCAGGCCCUGCAGGCCAGCUCAAUGUCAGCAGUGCAGAAAGCAAGACUUUGGAGGCAGGGGAGCCGCUGGGGGUYCGCCUGGUGAACGGGAGCAGCCGCUGCAACGGGACAGUGGAGGUCCUGCUGGCGAAGUCCUGGCAGCCCGUGUGCGGGGAGCUGUGGGACAGCAGCGCCUCCGAAGCUGUGUGUCGCGCCCUGGGCUGCGGCACGGCGGGGACAGCUGCCCCGCGGGUCCUUCCGACUAUGGAGGUGUCUCCUGGGUCACCCACGGGGAACACCAGCCGGGCCCCGAACGUCACGCACGCCCUAGCGCCAGCAGUCCUGUGCAGCGGCGCUGAGUGGCGGUUCUGCCAGGUUGUGGAGCGGCCGUGCAGCGGCGACGGGUGGCUGGCCCAGCUCACCUGUGCAGAGACCCGCGAUUUGCGGUUGGUGGAUGGAGGUAGCCCCUGCGCUGGCCGCGUGGAGAUGCUGGAGCACGGCAAAUGGGGGACAGUGUGCGACGACACAUGGGACCUGGAUGAUGCCCAAGUGGUGUGCCAGCAACUUAAAUGCGGCCGGGCAAUCCAGGCCCUGCCAGGAUUGCACUUCACCCCCGGCAAAGGGCCCAUCCACCGAGACCAGGUGAACUGCUCAGGAACUGAGGCCUACCUGUGGGACUGCCCCGGGCUGCCAGGAGACCAGUACUGUGGCCACAAGGAAGACGCCGGCGCCGUGUGCUCAGAGCACCAGUCCUGGCGCCUGACGGGGGGCAUCGACCCCUGUGAAGGGCAGGUGGAGGUGUACUUCCGAGAGGUCUGGAGCACCGUGUGUGACAGUGAGUGGUACUCCUCCGAGGCCRAGGUGCUGUGCCGGGCCUUGGGCUGUGGAACCGCGGUGGAGCAACCCAGGGGACUGCCCCACUCCCUGWCAGGCAGGAUGUACUACUCAUGUGAAGGAAAGGAGGCCACCCUCUCUGACUGCUCCUGGCGGUUCAACAACUCCAACCUCUGCAGUCAGUCAAUGGCAGCCAGGGUCCUCUGCUCAGGUUCUCGAAGAUUGCAGAAUAUCUCUACUCCUGAAGUCCCUGCUAGUGUUCAGCCAGCCACCAUGGGGUCGUCUGUGACAGUGAAGGUGGAGGACUGGGGGUCCCGGGAGCUGACGCUCCUCAUCCCCUGCRUCCUCCUGGCAGUUCUCCUCCUCGUCUCCCUUAUCUGCAUGGCUGUCGUCCUCUUGAGAGUUAAAGGGAAAUACGCCCUCCCUGCUCCAGCGAACCAGCAGCACCUUCCCACCACCAUCCCAGCAGGGAGCAAUAGCUACCAAGCGGUCCCCAUCACCAUCCCCAAAGAAGAAGUUCCCAAGCUGCCCAUCCAAGUCCGGGUCCCGCCCCCCGAGGACUCCAGCUCGGACUCUGACUAUGAGCACUAUGACUUCAGCUCCCAGCCUCCCGUGGCCCUGACCACCUUCUACAAUUCCCAGAGGCACCGGGUCACAGAGGAGGAGGCCCAGCAGAGCAGGUUCCAGAUGCCCCCUUUAGAGGAAGGGGCUGAGGAGCUGCAUAUUUCCCACGUCGUCCCAGCAGCCAUCCCUGCACACCACAUUGCAGACCGUCCCUCUCUGGUCCCCCAGUUUCACCCAAGGAUCAACAGUGGGUCCAGCACAUCUUCUGGGGAGGAUUACUGCAACAGCCCCAGCACCAAGCCACCUCCGUGGAACCCCCAGGGGUUUUCUUCAGAGAGGAGCCCCUUCCAGGAGCAGCCCCCCAACCUGGAGCUUGCUGGGUCCCAGGCAACUUUUGCAGGGCCCUCGGUUGAUGACAGUUCCAGCACCUCAUCUGGCGGAGAGUGGUACCAGAACUUCCAGCCGCCACUUCAGCUCCCCUCGGUGGAACAGCUCCCCUCGGUGGAACAGCUCGAGUGCCCAGGGACCCACAACCCCCAUCGGGACUCCACCGACCAGGAAGACUAUGAUGACAUCGGAGCUGCCUAGCCUGGGUCCAGCCCGGCUCCAGGGAGGGCCCCUCUCUGCCCUCCUGCUCCCCUCUCCCUGCUUUCCAUCAAUCCCAGGGGUCGAGCCUUCCCUGGGGAGGUGGAAGGGAACGUCCCUGAGCCCCGCAGUCUCCGUCCAUCCAGCAGACUGCCCACACGGCCCCAAACAGUAGCCCCAAUGGGGGUGGCCCCGGAGCGUGGGCUCCCUCUCAGGGUGAACAAGCAGGGCUUGGGCCAUCUCUCCGGAGCUCUAGAGGGUGGUGCUGGGUGAUCCUACCCUUGGGUGUCGGGGCAUUGAUUUCCUGAGCCUCAGGUAGCUCAGAGGUACUAAGAGUGGCAGAAAGGGCUCAUCCUGAUGCCACCCACAGAGGCCCUGGACUGGGAUGGCUGAGCACAGCACCCUGAGAGGUGGGUGCCAGCCACACACACUGGCUGAGCCAGGCCCUCACUCGCUGUGGUCACUGCACGGCGCGGCCAGCUGUCAGCAAGUAGGAUGACCAUGCGUCCCACCUAAGAGCCAGGGCCCGGGGCCAGUCCUGCCUCUGAGACUACCACAGACCCAGACGGUUCUGCUGUGCCCAUCCCUGGACACUGAUCCUUAUUCUGAGCUUCUUAUGGUUUAUGAGAACUUGGGGGCCCAGUCCCCAUCGGGGGAGGGGAACAGAGAUGAUUUCCAGGAAGGGCCCAGAGACUGCACGAAGCCCCCCGGUGAACCAGAGAAUAUGCAGCCCUAUGCUGAGAGCCA